UCAGAUUUCCUACUUUCCCAAUUCCCAGUCUCCUUUUCUCUCACAUUAAAGUAACUGUUUGUAUGCGGAUCAUAUCAUCUUCGUGGAAUUAAAAAUUAAGAAUGUGGAGACUGUUACCUUUCCAUUUCUGUAACUGAUUCGACGAUUCCGUACGUAGUGUGCGGUGGUUACAUUGGAUUGGAUUGAAGAAGAUGAUUCCGGAGACAGCGUUGCUGGAAUGCCUGUUUCCGUCGUGGUGGGAGGUGCAGGUCACCGCCGCCGCCGCGGCCUUCGUCAUCUUCGCCUACUGGUUCUUCUUCUUUGAUGGAGACGCCAAUGUCUGUGAUCGCGUCGCUUCCGCCGACUGUUCCGGUGUCGCUGCCGGAGUUCUUGAUGAAGAUGACAAGAUCGGCCAGUUAAAAGGUGAUUAUCAAACAAAUUCUCCAUACAUAAUCAAGGUGGAACUGCUAGCUGCUAAGAAUCUCAUUGCUGCUAAUCUGAAUGGCACAUCAGAUCCAUAUGCAAUUGUCACCUGUGGGACACAAAAGCGGUUCAGUUCAAUGGUUCCUGGUUCAAGAAAUCCAAUGUGGGGAGAGGAGUUCAACUUUUCUGUUGAUGAACUUCCUGUUGAGAUUAAUGUUACAAUAUAUGAUUGGGAUAUUAUUUGGAAGAGUGCAGUUCUUGGUUCAGUGACUGUUCCAGUUGAAAAUGAAGGUCAGACUGGAGCUUUAUGGUAUUCGUUGGAUAGCCCAUCAGGACAGGUUUGUCUUCAUAUUAAAACUUUUAGGUUGAAUACGAAUUCUCCCAGGCGUUUGAAUGGCAUUGCCGGUGCUAGUACUCGAAGGAGGGUUACUUUGGAAAAACAAGGACCUACAGUAGUGCACCAGAAGGCUGGACCGCUGCAAACAAUAUUUGAACUCCCUGCUGAUGAAGUUGCUGACCAUAGUUUUUCAUGUGCACUCGAGAGGUCAUUUUUGUAUCAUGGGCGGAUGUAUGUCUCAACAUGGCAUAUCUGCUUCCAUUCUAAUGUGUUCUCAAAGCACAUGAAGGUAAUCGUUCCUUUUGGAGAUAUUGAUGAGAUUAGGAGGAGCCAACAUGCAUUCAUCAACCCUUCCAUCACAAUAAUUCUUCGUGUGGGUGCAGGGGGCCAUGGUGUGCCACCUUUAGGGAAUCCUGAUGGCAGAGUCAGGUAUAAAUUUGCUUCCUUUUGGAACAGAAACCAUGCAUUCAGAGGUUUGCUACGUGCAGCAAAGAACUAUCAUGCAAUGUUAGAAGCUGAGAAGAAGGAGAGGGAACAGUCAAUGCUACGUGCAAAUAGCAGCUCUUUUAAAGCUAGUAAUAUUAGUCCACAGGAAAGUGUGCCCAAGGUGGAGAAGUUCCUUCCAUUCAUCAAAGAGGAAGUUCUUUCUGGCAUAUAUAAUGAUGUUUUCCCAUGCACUGCUGAGCAAUUCUCUGAAUUACUGCUAGGCAGUGGUUCAAAUUUCAUGCGCGAGUACCGUGCAUUACGAAAGGACACCAACCUCGCAAUGGGUCAGUGGCACUCUGCAGAAGAGUAUGAUGGUCAAGUCAGGGAAAAUACAUUCAGAUCUCUUUGCAAUAGCCCAAUGUGCCCACCAGAUACAGCAAUGACGGAAUAUCAACAUGCUGUUCUGUCACCAGAUAAAAAAUUACUGGUGUUUGAGACUGUACAACAGGCACAUGAUGUACCAUUUGGAUCGUGUUUCGAGGUUCAUUGUAGAUGGUCUUUGGAAACUAAUUCUGAAUCCUCCUGCUCUAUGGAUAUAAAAGUUGGUGCACAUUUUAAGAAAUGGUGUAUAAUGCAGUCUAAAAUCAAAGCGGGUGCUGUAAAUGAGUAUAAGAAAGAGAUGGAGCUAAUGCUAGACGUGGCUCGUUCAUACCUUAAGUCUAAGCUUCCUGCUAGUGAGAGUAGAAAGUUUGCUUCCUCGCCAUCACUUACCAGUGACAUCAGACAGGUAUCCAGUACUUAGAGAUUCAGCCAAAAGGUUAUUAUAUUUUUUGUUUCAUUAAGUUUGUAGCUUUAUAAGUUUGUGAUAAUUUAGCAAUAUAAGUUUGUAGCUGUAGGUCACCAACUCACGAUGAUGUAUUCUGGGCUGAUUAAUGUUAUAAAACUAAUACAAUUUCAAUUUUCAGUGAUUUUA